UACCACAAGUUACUUUUCCAUACAGCAGUGUACACCUGCUAUCUUUUCCCUAGACCUUUCAUUCAUCCCCAUCUCGGGGGAGAGCUAAGAUUACAAGCUCUGCCCCAUCUCUCCAAGUUAGUCUCCCGCUAUGUGCUCAAAACAGCAAUCCCCUGUGGUGUGAAUGCAGUAGCUAACCUGCUUUGUCCCCCUGAUCCCCCCGUCUUUUCUGUCUUCCCAGUUGAGUUGGUGCCUUCCAGUUCCUGCUUAGAACAAUGAUUCCCACUGCAGUCAAUUUGUUUACUGGUUGCUACUUUUGUUCUGGUCUGACCUGCCCCCUCGCUGUGUUACAUACUUUUCUCCCAGUCCUCCCCCAGCGUGUUCGUUGUAAGAUGUGCUGUUUUUAGAGAGGAACGCUUUGGGAUUCAGUUAUCAAGUACACCUUGUCAGCUGGUCAAGCAAGUGGUUCCGUUCAUCAGCACAAAUUCAUUAUCGUGUUGAUCUUAAUGGGUGUUUGUUUUCCCUUCAGUACUAACACACUGCAGUAGUAAUCAUCUUUCAGGUCAAAACCAUAUCACACAAGGCUAUUAGUGAAGCUGAUGCUUAUAUUAGAUCUACGUUGACAACAUUAACAGCACUUGAACUACGUAUGGCCCCAGGAAAUAGAAAGCAAAAUAUGACAUUAGAGAAGGUCCUUUUCCCCUGACUUCCCAAUGGCUGGUGGUGGCCUUUCAGCCAUGCAAAAUGUCAGGCAGUGUUAUUCCAAUAAAGAGCAGCACUAUGUACCACAUAGGAUUUGGUUUGGCCUUAAGCUUUAUAGUCCGACUGCCUCACGGAUAGGGGAUGCUUCUUUUGUAAGGACUGCCUGUAGUAGUGCUGAUAUAACCUAAACUCAGUCUUACAGGUAUCUUCAAAUUGCUGUUAAUUAAUACUAUGGCUUCUUGCUUGCUGUUGGGCAGUGCAGAAUGGCACGGUCCAACUCGUCUCCCUGGAGCAAGCUCACAAAGCGAUAGCUGUUACCCACCUCUGGUGUAUGUUAAUCCCAAAACUGAUCAGAGGAAAGGUGGGAAGAGCCACCUCUCCCCAGAGAUUGGGAAGGAACUUUAAAAAUGGCAUCUCAAGCUUGUGAGGUAUAUUUCCUUCUGCGGUCAUGAGAAUAAAACAAUAACUGGUUGUUACUUUUUUGCCCUAUAGGAAAUCUGAGGUUGCUAGACCCACAUGGCUCCUACUGUUAACUGCUCAGUGCGUGGCAAAGUGGAAAGAACAAAAGGGAAAACUUUUGACUUUGUGAAAACCUCUGAAAAACAUGAAUAUGUAGUGCAAGCAUGGAAGGGAUUGCUCAAAGGUGAAAAGGCAAAAAAAAGCAGAGAGGCUGAGAUGGAGGGCCUCUCUCCAACCAAGGAGAUGGCAAAGAACAGGCUACCUCUGCUCAGGAAGCUAGACAAAUUGAUCUUCAAAACAGCAAGUAAAGUCUUGCAAAGACCUAGGAAACUGCAGAACUGGCUGGGGGCUGCGAGCUGCAGAAGCAGCCGUUAGAAAUCCUGAAUGGCAUUGGAAGGUGUGAUCCGUGAAAGCUGCUAUUUGUUCUACACAUCCAUCUCUUGACGUCCCACUAUAUCCUAUCAGCUGUAAGCUUCCUCAGCUCCAGGGUAGGCUUUGGAGGCAGUCUACCACUGGAACACUCUUCAGCAGCACCUUUGCAUGACAGUGAAAGCAGCAGGGUGGGAGAACAGUGUUUUGAGCUGAUGUGUGUGGGGGUACCGUGCGGGUUGAGCCCCCAGCCCUCCUGCCUGGCACCGUGAAGAAAGGCUACAGUGAGCUGCUCAGCUGAAAUGUCCCCUGGUACUUUAGACAACACCUUGCCCACUCGCACUGCUGAAGCAUUUGAACUCGUACUAAAAUGAAGCUGGUGAUGAGACUUGAAGAAAGUGAACUGGUGAUGGUGAGUCCCACUUCAGAGCAGUAUGACAGUUUGCUCCGGCAGAUGUCAGAGAGGAUUGAUGAAGGGUGUGGGGAGACUAUCUAUGUCAUUGGUCAAGGAUCAGAUGGGACUGAAUACGGUCUGAGCGAGGCAGACAUGGAAGCAUCCUAUGCCACGUUGAAGAGCAUGGCAGAGCAGAUCGAGGCAGACGUGAUCCUCCUGCGGGAGCACCAGGAGGCAGGGGGCAAGGUGCGCGACUACCUUGUUCGGAAACGUGUGGGUGACAACGACUUCCUGGAGGUCAGGGUAGCAGUGGUUGGCAAUGUGGAUGCAGGAAAGAGCACGUUGCUAGGUGUCUUGACACAUGGCGAACUAGACAAUGGCCGAGGCUUUGCUCGGCAAAAGCUCUUCCGCCACAAGCAUGAGAUUGAGUCAGGCCGCACCAGCAGCGUGGGCAAUGACAUUCUGGGCUUCGACAGUGAGGGCAACGUGGUGAACAAGCCCGACAGCCACGGUGGCAGCUUGGAGUGGACAAAGAUCUGUGAGAAAUCCACCAAGGUCAUUACUUUCAUUGACCUGGCUGGUCAUGAAAAGUACCUGAAAACCACCGUCUUUGGCAUGACCGGCCAUUUACCUGACUUCUGCAUGCUUAUGGUUGGCAGUAACGCUGGGAUUGUUGGAAUGACCAAGGAGCACUUGGGCCUGGCACUUGCGCUUAACGUUCCUGUCUUUGUUGUGGUGACCAAGAUCGACAUGUGCCCUGCCAACAUCCUGCAAGAAACCCUGAAGCUGUUACAGCGACUGCUGAAGUCCCCAGGGUGCAGGAAGAUUCCCGUGCUGGUUCAGAGCAAGGAUGAUGUCAUUGUAACAGCCUCCAACUUCAGCUCAGAGAGGAUGUGCCCGAUUUUCCAGAUUUCAAAUGUCACCGGGGAGAACCUAGAUUUGCUAAAGAUGUUUCUUAAUCUCUUGUCGCCACGGACCAGUUACAGGGAAGAAGAGCCGGCAGAAUUCCAGAUAGAUGAUACUUACUCUGUCCCGGGUGUAGGAACAGUUGUGUCUGGGACAACACUGAGAGGCCUAAUCAAGCUAAAUGACACCCUGCUGCUGGGGCCAGAUCCCCUUGGCAACUUCCUACCUAUUGCUGUCAAGUCCAUCCACCGCAAGAGAAUGCCUGUCAAAGAAGUGCGAGGAGGCCAGACUGCCUCCUUUGCUUUGAAAAAGAUCAAGCGUUCUUCCAUCCGGAAAGGCAUGGUAAUGGUGUCACCCCGCCUGAAUCCACAAGCAUCGUGGGAGUUUGAAGCAGAGAUUCUGGUGCUCCAUCACCCCACCACCAUCAGCCCACGAUAUCAGGCCAUGGUGCAUUGUGGCAGCAUCCGUCAGACAGCCACGAUUCUCAGCAUGGACAAGGACUGCCUGCGGACGGGGGACAAAGCCACAGUGCACUUUCGCUUCAUCAAAACCCCGGAAUAUUUGCAUAUAGACCAGCGUCUGGUCUUCCGUGAAGGCCGCACCAAAGCUGUGGGUACCAUCACUAAGCUACUUCAGACCACCAAUAACUCGCCGAUGAACUCCAAGCCGCAGCAGAUCAAGAUGCAGUCAACCAAGAAGGGAGCUGUUACGAAACGAGAGGAUGGUGUUCCCCCAGCUGGGACGGCAGCUGGAGGCCCACCAGCUGUGGACGAGGCCCCCUCGACAGCUGCAGGGCCACUGACACCUCCUGCCCUGCAACCAUUGCCUGCGCUGGAUGAAGAGCCCCACGUCCGUGAGGGCAAUAAGUCAAAAGUCGGAGGAGGGGGCCGGCGACGUGGGGGUCAGCGCCAUAAAGUGAAGUCUCAGGGAGCCUGUGUGACUCCUGCCAGUGGCUGCUGAAUUUCAUACUCCUCCUCCCUCUGAGGAAUUCCUCCCCUUCCCUUCAUUUCUUAUCCAAAAGAUCCAGCGCAGCUUAAACCAAAACCCAUCCCAGCUGAUUGGCUGCAGAAGAAUCGUCCCUCCUCCCUGAAGGAAGCGAUGGAGAGGAGCAUAAUUUAUAAGCUAAUGAAGGUGAUAGAACACACAGAACUGAGUAACUGACACCUUCCUCCUCCCCCUGUCGACACAUUUUUGUACAUCAUGGGCUUAGUUUUUAUUCUUAUUAGUUUUUAUUAUAUUUUGUGUGCAUGAAGAUGAGAGGAGAGUCUGGAUAGAACUGCAAAGAGCCAGUUAGCUGCCUCCCUCCUCCCUCACCCCAUUCUGUCCACAGGACUUGCUGCUCUCCUCCUAUGUGCUGUCUCAGAUCCAGGAGUGCUCAAACAUCUGAAAUUUCAGACUUGCAAAGGUUAAAACACAUGGCUUAGGAUGGCUCCAUAGGGCAUUGUUUCCUCACCACUGUGGCCCUGUGCCAAAUACGUUUCUGUGUGCCCUCCAUCUUUCUUAAACUAUUUCUCAGUGGGUUUAAUUUAAUGUUGUAGUGACUGAAGUUUGAAAGAGAUGGUAAGAAAGUUCAUUAGUUGGAGAUCUGAGGGAAACAAACUGGAAAGCAGUUCUUGAUGUUGAGGAAUCCUAUACUAAGUAGCCUUCUCAGAUACAUCGAUAGCACUUGAGAUUUUCAUUAGAGAGAGAAUUAAAUGUGCAGUCAUUUGCCCAGCCUGUUCCCCUCCCCAUCACGCUGCUUUUCCUAUUGCUUGUUCAGAGCACAUUGGAGCACAUCUAACCUGCUGCUCAAGGCUGCGGCAGCUCAAUCGACAGUAUUAAGAAUACAGGGCAGGAACACUCAGUCCAUCCCUUGAGCCAGAGAAAGCCUUCUCACCUCGACGGACAGAGAUCACAGGUGGUAAUAUACCUUUGGAACAAAGACACCAGGCAAACACGACCUCCUCUUGAUUUUGUUUACUCCCAAGAUUUCCCAAAGCUUCUGGAACUUGCUGGCCAAACUUUGCCAUGGCAGAGGUAGGAUUUGUCUUCGCCCCGCUUGGCUGAAAAGGGCAAUGAUGAGGUGGUACCAAACUUACAGAAGUGCUUUCAGGUUUGGAAGUACAUGGUAAUUUUUAUGACUUUCAUUUAAUUUUUUUUAAGAUUUUUUUUUUUUUUUUUUUAAUGACAAAUUGUGGCUUCUCCAGGAAGGUCCUGCAAGGGUGGCCUAUGAAUUAACUUUGUUGUUAUCGUGUUUUUUAACCCUAGGUUGUGCAAGUGAUUAAUUCCCUGCUUACUUUGAUCUCUUUUAUUCUAAGCCUGCCUCUUCGCUUGGCUCUGUGAGGACAGGAGUUACCCUUUGCCGGCAUGUGGUGAGCUGUGGGAUCAUGAUAGCAUUUUGAGGGAGGAGGUGGCAUCCUCAGCAAAUUGUUGCUCUCCCCAGCAGGUGUGGUCAGCCUCGGUUUCUUUGAGGGCUUUCUCCUCCGAUGAAGGACUUUUUAUUCCGAUUAGAGGGAGACUGAAAAGUCCGUGUCCCUCCUUAGCGGGUUGUUCCUGUUUCUCACUCUGUGUGGAGUUCAUUCCAGUUCACCCUGCGAUUCGAGGUGGGCUUUCAAGCCAACUGAGCAACAGCAGGCUCGGGGGGCGAGGGGCGAGCGUGUCUCCCGUUACCAGCACCAGCACUCCCAAGAGGCACGGGAGAGGUGAGGAACAUGGUUUGGAGACGAGGGUACUUUGCCUUAGAGACUGCAGUGGCCCCAGCGUGGGUGGAAGGGGGAGGUCAGACAGUCCUUUCCAAGCUAUGUGCCUAAAUACCAGCACUCUCCCGGCGAGGGAGGAACUAUAGGCGGCUACAACACUAAUAGCACCCGCAUUGUGAGGGGGUGUGAAGUGUGGCUAAGCAGGGCACGAGGGCCUGGUUGGUUUGUCUUCUGGCCCUGUAGCAGUAUCAGACUGUAUUCGAUUUCACUGCCCUCUGCUUCUGAGGGGAGCAGGGAGCUCCGGGCGGUUUUCUCUUUCUCCAUUCCUUGUGCUCCAAAAGAAGGAGACUGCCGAGACUGGAAGAGGGUUUACUUCAGUUCGUGCAAAGGAGGUGGUGUGAUCUCUCUUUUGUGACCAGCAUUCAAAGAUCACUCAGGCUGGUGUGAUCUAUAAAAUAAAUUUUAAAAAAGUUUGUUCCAAAUUAAA